GCACAAUAUUAUCAGUUCAUUUCAAUUCGUUUUGUAUUACACUCUCAAAUCACCAAAAAGUAAAAAAUCAACAUGAAUACCAUCGCCACUGUUUUUAUUGUAGCUGCUUCAUUGGCCGUAGUAGCCGCUGGAGGUUAUGGCGGCGGUAGUCCUGCUGCUUCUAUCCCCGCUCCUCCUUGCCCCAAAAACUACUUGUUCAGUUGUCAACCUAAUUUGGCACCCGCUCCCUGUGCUCCUCCAGCAGCUGGUUCGGCUGGUGCUUACUCAGAGAAUAUACCAACUAUUAUUACUGCUCCUUACGGUUAUCAGGGUUUGCCACAACAGCUAAAUCAAUAUCCCAACUAUUAUGGACAAUUUAUGGGUGGCAAUUAAAUAAACAAUUAGCAAUAUAAUAACAAUUGAUUGAUUAUUGAAUGUAUGAUUUGUUUAGGUUUUAAGAAUUUAUUUGUUUUCUUACAAAAUGUGAUUGAUGUGAAUAAAAUUAUAAAAAAAAUAUAUAAAUUUAAAUUAUCUUAAAUUUGUUAUUAAUUUAUCUAAUUUAUAUAGUUGCCAGUUUAGUAGAGAGGAUAUGUAUUGGAUUUCUGAUAAUGUUUGUACCGUACAAUACUUUUGGUUCUAUCCAUGAUUAAACAAUCGGCUUA